CAAGCAGGGAAUAGUUCAAGCAAUGUAGGAGCAGCAGCUCCUUGUAACUACUGUAACAGCAAAGUAUGGAAGCAUUCUUGUAAAAGGUGUUGAUCAUAUUUUUUUAAAUUUUGAGUUCAUGCUAAUGCAUCAUCAGUAUCAUCUAAAUUCAGCUGUUAAACCAUUAAAGUACUUUGUGGGUGGAGCAGGUUAGAAUUUGAGUUACAUUUUUGAAGCUGCCUGGUUGCAGUAAAUUAACCCCAAAACCCCAGCACGUACUGUUACAUGUACUUAUUGUUUAUCUUUCUUUCAGGUGGAUAGGCUGUGCAAGAUCAUGCACAGGAGCACAAAACAGCCACAGCACAAAAAUCAUGCUCUCUAUUCUCAUGAGAGCCAGCAAGCCUUGCAUACCUGUGUAAGUCCAUUUUUGGGCAUUCCUUAGAGAAUUUCCUCUGCUUUGACCAACAAGAUUUUUUCUUAUAUAUUAGUGAAAAUUUUGUGGUUUAAUCUUCAUUUUCUCCUGUAUUCUGAAAGGCAAGAAGAGACAGAAUGGUGGCUGAAAGCAGGCUUUGAAGCUGCACUGAAAGAAGCAAUGUAGUGACUUCCUUUUUUUGUGUGUGUGUUUCUCAGCCUUCCUCAGAGCCAUAGCAGAGCGCGUGUUUUGGAGGCAGGCAAAGCUGAGACAGGAUGCAAAUGACUGUGCUAGAGCUGCUUUUUCCAUAGCUCUGAGGGCCAGGCUGUUUCCACAGCUCUGAGGGACGGGCUCACGGAUGGCAGGGGAUGUCACCUACGCCGCCGUGGCCAUGCUGCCCAGGGAAAGGCCACGCGCUCCUCCAGGGACAUCCAACCCAGGAAACACCAUCACAUAUGCUGAGCUGCAUGUGAAGCCCCAACCCCAAGGGAGCAGCAGAGCAGAGACUUCCGCUCCUGGCUGCUGGCACAGGUGCUCAGCCUGGUUCUACGUGGCGCUGGUCCUGGCAUUCCUCGUGCUUGUCCUGCUGGGAAUUGUGAUCAUACAAGCCAAGCAGGUUUUGAAGGGCAGAGUUGCAAAAUCAGAAAGUUUGCCCCAAUAUGGUCUGAAUAGCACCAGCAGUGACAUUUCUUCAGAGAGGACCAUCCCAUCAGCACUCCUGAAAUGGCUCAUGGAGGAGCUAUGUGAAGAUGCACAGGGGACAAGGUGUGAGCUGUGUCCCCCCGGGUGGCAGCUGCACAGGGGCAGAUGUUAUUUCUUCUCUGAGGAGGCCAAGAGCUGGGAGGACAGCCAGAAAAACUGCCUGGCCAGGAAAUCCCAGCUGCUUGUCAUUGAGGAUGAAAUUGAGAUGGAAUUUAUAGACAAUAAAGACAAAGAUACCAAAUAUAUCUGGAUUGGCUUGGACCCUGGAGACAUGGAGAAAUCAUGGAGUUCAGUGGAAGAUCACAAAGUAAAAAAAAAGAGCAGGACAGCUCUAAAAAGCAUCGAGGCUGACAAGAACUGUGCUGUUUACAGAAGGAAAAACCUGAUCCAGGCAGACAACUGCCAGACAUUAAAGGAGUGGAUCUGUAAGAAGAAUGCAACUUUGCUGGUGCUCUGAGUCAAAUUUUCACACAACAGGCAGAGCUUCUUGCCAGGAGAUCCAUUUUACAGACAAACCAACUUGUGAUGUAAAUAAUUCUUAUCAGACUUGCAGGGAAAUUUGCACUUUGCUGUGCUGUGCUCCCUAAGAAUUCAGAAGACAGGUCCUGCAACAGGGCUGCAAGCUGGCACACGAGGAUUUUGGGGUGCUGAGCCUUCACACAGACAGAUUUUGGCAGCAGCUGCCUCAGGAAGGUCAGAGCAGGAGCACUGUGCACAUGGCCAGGGUGAUGUGCAGGAAUUAUGACCCCUGUGGGUGAUGAAGGAUGUGCUAGCCCCACUGCUGUCACCUCUGCCCACAGGCAGCUGCUGAGCUGAGGACUUCUUAUUUGGGUUUCAGGAUUUUAGUGUUUUCUGAAGUCUGUGUUUUUGGUUUUUGUUUCUUUUUUCCUUUUCCUUGGGGUAUAAUUGUGACUCACAGAAGCCACUUGAGGGUUGGGAAAAAAUGCAUUUAUUGGACAGUGUCUUAUUCAAAGCUGCUGCACAGCUACUGGGUGUAGGCAGCACACCAGGCAUGGAGUGACUUGUGACACUUGUGGUUGAUGUGCUGAUUGCUCCCAUCUUCUUCUGGUGCUGAGCCUUGGAACCUGAAGGGAUUAAUUAGGGAAGGGGCUUGGACUGUCAGACAACAUUGCAGUGCAAGGAAAUAAAGGUGAUAACCUUUCUCUCCACCUAUAUUUUGUCCCUUUGCAUUGUAAAUUCCAAUCAGGUAUGGUAUGAUGACUUCACAAAGACUGGUGAAAUUAAUACCUGGGAGUGCCCUCAGUAAAUGCAUAACUUAGGCAUUGAAGUGUCAUGAAUAAAUGCUGUUUCUGGGUCUAGAACAGAAAAAUGCUAAGAGCAGUCUGACCUAGUGGCUUUAUUAGAUUCACAUAUUUGACAGGAAUGAUGAAAUAUCAUGAAUUAAAGGUGCUACUCUAACAAAAAUAGCACAAACUGGACUUUAAGUCCUUAUAGCAAUGAGAAAGAGAAACAAAUCUAACAUGGCUUUUGGGAUGGUGAGCCUUUACCUCAUAUUUGCUUGAUGCAUACAAAUAAAGACAGCUGCAGUUUCACAGAGAUGGUUUUUUCAUACCUGCAUGUGCCAGGGGAGGGUUAUGUCCAGCACUUUAGAAAUGCAGAUUAAAAAGUGAACUGUACCCUCAGGGACUUCCCUUUAAACAACAACAACAAAAAAAUCCCAACACAGAUUUACCCUGCAGAAUGCAGCAUCAGCAGCUCAAGACUCAUGAGAAACUACACUGCUGUUAUGUAAGAGGAAACAACAAAAAUCCCCCAAACUCAGCACAGCACGUGGGGGGAAGAGGAUUGUUUCGUUCAUUCUAGACAGAGAAACAAAGAAAAGGAGAAAGUCUGAAAUGAGUAAGAUAAUCAUCUAUACCUCUAUGAUACAUGCUUUAUAGAGAGCUAAUUUCUCACUGCUGAGAAAUUUUCACUUCAAGGAACUCACAGCACACCCUUCUCCAUACAGUGGAGUUGACAAUUGCUGGUUUUAUGGCAGAUCUUUCUUGAUUCAUGCUGAAUUUAACAAGAAAAACAAACUCCUGCAUGCUGGCUUCUCUCAAAUUAGUUGUGGUGUUUAGGUUUUAACAAUAUUCAUGAAACAUCUACUAUUUGGGCCUUCUUGCUGUUAUUAAUGUAAUUAAGCAAGUUUUUGCAAGGCCUUACUGAAGCUGUUACCUACAAUUUAAGCAAUCACUUAUUUAAAAAUAAAAAGAAAUUACCAUUGAAGUACUUCAUCAAACUCCACUCUGAGUACAGCAAGUUGGCAGAGUUUGCAGCUUCACUCUUCUUUUCUUAACAUCACCAAAGAAGAUGUUCAUUGCAUCUCUGAGGAGUCAGAUUCCAGAAGAGCUUUCACUGUAACCUUUUGUUAAAAGUCUGACACAUUAUGAGGUGUUAGAAAGGGAAUUUCUUUUUUUGAUUAAAUGUCUUGUUUCAUGUCAACCCCAACAUUAUGAGUAAAGAUUUUUUUUCAUGUUCAAAAGCUGACUAUUUAACUUCGCUUCAGAUUUUUUU